UCCCGAUCAAUUAUUGGCCUGCCUCCUGGAGGUGGAGGUGGCGCUCCACGAAACAAGAGGUUUGGAGGCAAACAAGGAGGGGUUCGAUGAGAAGCGCGCGCGCGCACGCCAGAAACGAGUUCCACCCAUAAAUACUCGCCUCCUACCUAGGCCUGCGAUCCUCCCAUUCCUCUCCUUCCUCCACCCACUAGCUUUUUCUUGGAAGCGAGAGGAGGGACGGGGAGGGAGAGGGGGCGGAGCGGAGAGGAGGGCGCCGGUGAGCUUUGCCAGGGAAGCUGCUCGCGUGGGGCUUUGCACGGCCGGGCCCUGCCCACGCUUCCCUCUUGCUCACUCGCUCCCACCAACGCUCGCCUCUCACCUACUCUCUCUCUCUCUUUCUCCCUUAUCUCCUUCCAAGAUCCCUUUUCCCCUUUCAUCUACUACGAGUAGUUUGCUAGGACCAUUCUUUGAUCUUUCCUUGGCUCCAAAUACUCCCGUUCCAGCAGCGGAGAUCCCACCUCGGUUCCCUCCCGUCCGAGUGAUUAGCUCGAACUUGACCUUUUUUUUGUGUGCCUGCUCAUCAGUUCGUGCUUCAAUCCGAGAAAUCCCCGCUCGGCAACAAGUGCCCCCCCCCCCCCCCCCCCUCUCCGGGCUUCGAUUCGAUCGAAUCCUGCCCAAUAUUUUUCUAACCCUUUCUCCUUCUCAACUCUCAAGUGAAGUGGGUUCCAUCGCCGAUCGGCCGGAGAAAGUGGUUGAUGCGGCUGUGGUCGUAGCAGCAUCAUCUCAUAUCUCUUUCCAGUGGGUCUGGGUCUGGGUCUGGGUGGCUUGUGUUGUUUAUUUGCGAGGAGCACUGUGCGUGCAGUCGCAGUGCUCCACGCCUCGCUUCUUUGCCUCUCAUCAAUGCUUGCCCUGGUCGCCACCUUCGUCUUCUCCUGCCUCCUCUUCUUGUCCAAGCCAUGCGCCCGUGACAUGAGACUCUUCCUCGCCUCCAUCUCCCAACAACUCGCCCUCUCGCUUUUCGGAUUCUUGGCCGGCUACAGGCUGCUCGGCGGCGUCGCCUCCAGGGCCACGCCCGCCGACGCCAUGCCCCUCAUGCCGUCCUUCAAGAGGAAGCGACCGGCCGCCAAGGUGGAGAGUACGGAUAUGACCGGCGAGCCAUCGGUGCUCGACCUCCCGGAGCUGGCCAUCGACUGCAUUCUCGCCAAGCUGCCGCCGGCGGAGCUGCGGAACAUGGCCGCCGUCAGCCGCUCCAUGCGGGAAAGGUGCAGGAGCGACCACCUGUGGGAGAGCCACAUGUCCAACAAGUGGGGUUCUGUCCUGGGUACGGCCGCGAGGGACGAGUGGAGGGCGUAUCUGUCCUCGUCGACCGCGGCCGGCGGCGGCGCGUCGGGGUACUGCGGGUCUGCUGCCAGCGGCAAGCACCGGAGGUGGCUUGCCGCACUGUCCUGCGUCUGCCCGGUGGUGUCCUGGAUGCGGCCUAGGGCCGAAGGCGGCGCCGGCAUGUCCGCAGGCCCUGUGCUGGAUGAUUCUAUCAUGUCGUGCUAUCUUCACAUGGAGAGCGGCAAGUUCUGGUUCCCCGCACAGGUCUACAACCGAGAGCAUGGGCAUGUUGGGUUCAUGAUGUCAUGCUAUGAUGCAGAGGUCAGCUAUGAUUUCCGCACUGACACGUUCCAUGCAAGGUAUCCACCACACGGGCGGCGAACUGUAGUCUUGGAGGAUGGCGUGCAAUGGGAAAGGGUCAGGGCACCUCCAGUCGAAACUCUUGCACAUGACCUGCAUGCCUCUGACUGCUUACAUGAACUACGGCCUGGCGAUAACAUUGAGAUUCAGUGGAGAAGGAACAAGGAGUUCCCAUAUGGCUGGUGGUAUGGAGUUGUUGGCCACUUGGAAUCAUGUGAUGGAAAUGAGCACUUUUGUCGGUGUCAUCUUAGUGACAUCGUGGUGCUGGAGUUCAAUCAAUACACGCCUGGCUCGAGAUGGAGGCAGUCCCUGGUAAAUCGAAAGGACCACAGGGAAGAAGGCAACGAGAGCGAUGGAUUCUACGGUGGAAUAAGGAAGCUCCAAGACAAGGACGAAAUCUCCAAGUGGAAGCAGCUAUGGCCAACAGAUACCCUGGAAUAACGGGAUUAUUCAGCCGUUAUUGACUCCUCAAUCAAGUUGGCUAAUUGGCAUGCCUUCCAUUGAUCCCACCCGUACUCCCACCAUCAGCCACACCCUCCGUUCAAGUUGUACACAGGGAUAGAACACGAGGUGGCAAAUUCUGGUGGCUGGACACGGCUGUAAACUUGCUGUCGGGCAAAAUAAAAGCAGACUGCGGCUGUUUUACGUCUAGUGUAUAUAACCGCAGUUUGCGUUUCUUUUUGCCUGCUGUUGUAGUUCUAGAGCAGAAAGAUCAAAUAUAAAUUACAUAAAAUUUAGUUCAAAUUUA